CAAAAUAAGGAGAUCUACAAUUUGAUGUAAAGAAUUUGUGUUUGUGGGAAACAUCACAUGAUAUAAAAUCCACACACAAAACAAAAUGUGAUGGUGCCUCCCAGUGACCGUUUGGGUUCAAAUUCAGCACAGACCUCUGGGGUCAAGAGUCUAACCGCUCCACUGAGUUUUGUUACGAUUGGCCUCUCUAAACCUUGUCUAAUCACUGAUUAUAUUAAUCUAUCAUGAAUAGAUUUAUUUAUUAUAAAUAUAGAAAUUUGCCCCGCUGCUUUGCUUACAGGUGCAGAGAGAACCAUGUGUUUGAAAUUCAGCUUGGACCUCGUACACAAAUUGCUGAAGUCUGAUACGCUACAGGAGGAGCUACAGACGAGGGGAGAGAGCUUCACCUCGAAGCUGCAGUAUCAGCGGUCAGCCACAGAGAACGUGUUCAUGACUUUUCAGCUGGACUGCCCCGAGCGGCUGAAGCUCACGGGACUGCCCGGCCGUCUCAUCGUGUCUCUGUUCGAGCACAGCUCAGUGGUGGAGCACGUGAAGAGUCCUGCUGGACAGACCUCCCCUGGUGAGAGUAAAUCUGACCAUGCAGACCCUAAGCACCAAUACUCAAGCAAUCACGCACCAUUUUGAUUGCAACUUGAAUAUUUAUUAAGAUGUACAAUAGCCUCUUUUUUAAUGGUUAUACUCAUGAAAGUGUGGACUCAUGAAAGGUUAGGGUUGAUGUACUGAUGUUGCUGAUCAUUUAGAAUCAUGAUGGGCCUAAAUGUCAGCAAGCGAGGUACGGUUCUGGAAAGUCUGGAGAAUGUACGGAAUUUUUUUUCAUGGUGUAGAUCAAGAUGUGAAUUUUUUGCUGUCAAACUCGGAGCACUGAAGCUUUACAUUUCCUUAUUGUCUGUUCAAAUGCAGCCUCCGUAAGUAAUGUAAGAAUCAAAUAAUUGCUCAAGCCAAAAAAAAAAAGUUUCCUAUUUCAUUGAGAACCAUGCAGCCCUUGGUAGAGCUCGACUGCGUCCCUUGCAGGAGUGGCUGAGAACUGCCCGAUGUCAUUAUGCAGCACGAGAGUGACCUCUAGAGGAGAAAUAAAAACUCAUUCUUGUUAUUUGAAGUGUUUUUUAAUUAAUUUUGGACAUCUCUAUUUUUAUUUGUUAUUUGGAGUGUGAAGGGAAAUUCUCUUAUCAUGUACUCUUAUAUUAUGAACUGCUAUCAAAUACCUAUGAUGAAUGUAUUCGUUUAAUUACCUUGUAUUCAUUUAAUAACCUCUUUAAAUAAGCUGAUCAACUGCUAUCCUUGGUUAUAUUAUGUAUUUCCAUGUCAACAUGACACAGGACAUAUUUUGUAUUAUGACUAUGUGCUGUGUGUUUUGUUUAAAUCUGUCUGACACCUGGACCAGUAGAAACGCACUGCUUCUUAUCAAUGUGUAUAAAUACUUUUGUUUUGCAUGAAAUAAACCAGAAGUCUCUGUGAA